CUGUGGAAUAAUAUCACUGGUUGCCAGCCCUACGUCGUUUAGACCCUGGUUGAGGUUAGUUAAGUUCUUAUACCACAUGGGUCGAACGUAAUUUUGUCAAAGCUUUCAAUUUAAUUUCUGUAAAUAAUUCUGUUUAGUCUUGUAUAAAAAUGUCAGUGCCUGAUAAAGUCCUAAUGCGUAAAAUUAGAAAAACAGAAAAAAAGAAACUUCAAAUACUGAAAAGUCGAGAAAAACAAGUGGAACAUGAAGAUGUAACUGCACUUCAGGAUUUAAAACAAAAUAUUACUGACGAACAUGUAGAAUUUGCAAAUGGAUUAAAACGACAUUCCACAGACAAUAUCCCUAUGAAAAAGAAAAGAAAGAAAAUUAAAGAUGAUAAACUAUCAAGUACUGAUGACGAUACUGUUGAUGACACAAAUGAAAACUCUGUAUUAGAACAUGACACGGAUAAAGAAGAUAUGAAUUUACCUGGAACUACAGUAGGAUUAGAAGUAUUAAAUGAUACAAGUUUCAAAGUGUUAGAAAAAACAGUAUGUGAAAAUACUUUAAAAGCGAUCCAAGAUAUGGGUUUUACAAGUAUGACAGAAAUACAAGCAAAAGCUAUUCCUCCAUUAUUAGAAGGCAGAGAUUUGGUGGGAUCUGCGAAAACUGGAUCUGGAAAAACUUUAGCAUUUUUAAUACCAGCUAUUGAACUAACUUAUAAACUGAAAUUUAUGCCCCGCAAUGGUACAGGAUGUAUUAUUAUAUCUCCGACCCGAGAAUUGUCUAUGCAAACAUUUGGAGUUUUAAAGGAACUGAUGAAAUAUCAUUAUCAUACAUAUGGUUUAUUAAUGGGUGGUGCCAAUAGGCAAACGGAAGCUCAGAAACUUGCAAAAGGAAUUAAUAUUAUUGUAGCUACACCUGGUAGAUUGUUGGACCAUCUGCAAAACACACCAGACUUUUUAUAUAAAAAUCUUCAAUGUCUCAUUAUUGACGAAGCUGAUCGUAUUCUAGAUAUUGGAUUUGAAGAAGAGCUGAAGCAAAUUAUUAAUAUUUUACCAAAAAAAAGACAAACCAUGUUGUUUAGUGCAACACAAACUAAGAAAACAGAAAUGUUGACAACUUUAGCUUUGAGGAAAGAACCAGUGUAUGUUGGUGUUGAUGAUGAUAAAGAGAAAGCAACAGUAGAAGGUUUAGAACAGGGUUAUGUAGUUUGUCCUAGUGAAAAAAGAUUGCUACUUUUAUUUACGUUUUUGAAGAAGAAUAGAAAGAAAAAAGUCAUGGUUUUCUUCAGCUCUUGUAUGUCUGUCAAAUAUCAUCAUGAACUUUUAAACUACAUUGAUUUGCCAGUAUUAAGUAUACAUGGAAAACAAAAACAGACCAAAAGAACAACAACUUUCUUUCAAUUUUGUAACGCCACUUCUGGUAUACUGCUCUGUACUGAUGUAGCGGCACGUGGUCUUGAUAUACCAGCUGUUGACUGGAUUGUACAAUAUGAUCCACCAGAUGAUCCUAAGGAAUAUAUUCAUCGAGUUGGUAGAACCGCUCGCGGAGAAGGCAGCAGUGGUCAUGCCUUAUUGAUAUUGAGACCAGAAGAACUUGGUUUCCUUCGUUAUCUUAAACAAGCUAGAGUACCUGUAAACGAAUUUGAUUUUUCAUGGAAUAAGAUUGCUGACAUUCAAUUACAGCUUGAAAAAUUGAUUUCAAAAAAUUACUUCUUAAAUAUGUCAGCAAAAGAGGCAUUUAAGGCAUACGUAAGAGCAUAUGAUUCUCACCAUUUAAAACAAAUCUUUGAUAUUGAAACUUUGGACUUAGCGAAAGUGGCAAAAUCUUUUGGAUUUAUUGUACCACCAGCCAUUGAUUUGAAAGUGGGAAUAAGCAAGAAUUCACGACCACGAAAAAGAUUAGGUGGAGGUGGUUAUGGAUACUUCAAAAACAUGAAUAAUCAAAAUUCAGAGAAGCAAUUGAAUCGUACUAAAACAUUUCGUCAGAAAAAAUCAUCCGAUAAUCGACAAUUUGCUAGAUAA